AUGGGUUCAAAAUAUUAAUAACCUAAUUCUAGUACUUUUGACAAAUAAUAUCAAUAGUGUUAAACUUAAAAUUACCGAUAAUCAGAAAAAUAAGAAUAAGCAUAAAUUCAAUAUUAUAUUUAUGAAGACUUACAAAACAUAAUAAAUUUAAUAUAUUAAAGAAAUGCUAUCCUUGAGUAUUUUAGAGAUGAUCCUGGCCAUGACAUGGUUAUCUUGAGCAAUAAUAAAUUAAUAUUGUAAUUAAAUUUAUCGAGUUCAAUACAUUUCGAUUAGACGUAGUAUUACAAAAAACAACAACCCUAAUUGUUCUAAUUUUUAAAGGAUGAAAGACAGAAAGCUUAUAAAAUACUUGAAAAAUUAUUUGAUGAUAAUGAUUAAACAAAGAAUUAUAAAAGUAAUUAAAAAAAUAAAUUUAGAUGAUCACUUAAAUAAAAAUAAAGAAAUAAAAGAUUAUUUAAAAAAGUACAAAUAAUUUUAUGAAAAUUAAGAUUUUAUUUUGAAUUAAUUUAAAUAAUAACCUACUAAUUUAGUACCCAAAUUUAAUGAAGGAGUCUUAUCAAAAAUUAUAUCAUCAAUUUAAACUGUAGAUUCUUAAGUUGAUUAAAUAAGAAAUACUUAAUACUAUAAGACUCCUAAUUAAUAAGAAAUUGAAUCUAAAGCAAUGUAUUUCAUUUAUAAUAUCUUAGAUAAUAUUAAGAAAAUACUAAAAUGAAAUUAUAAGAUCUUUUUUAAAACUAAAAUAAUUAAAUGAAAAAUCAAGAUAAUCAAAAGAUUAAUUAAAGUAAUACCAUCAAUAUUGGCUAAUCAAAUUAAUUAAUUUAAGGAAAAGAAUAGAACCAAUCAUUAAGCCAAUCUAAUUCUGAUGAAUAAUGUAACCUUACUAAUUAAUUGAAUAAAGGAAUUUCUUUAAAAGAAAAAUUAAUAGAGUUUAUAAAUUAUUUAAGAUUUAACAAUGUAGAGAUCAUAAAUACAAAUGGAAAACAUUUUAAUAUACAAGAUUAAUUCCCUAAAAAUUAUACCAACACAUAUAUUAAAGAUUGGGCAAAAGGUUUUUAAAGGUAAGAUUAUUUGUAAAAAUUUAUAAAUUUACAUUAUUAAUUUUAUCUAUUUGUGGAAUAUCAAGAAUUUAUUCGUAAUAAUUAGCUCCCACAAAAUAAUGUAGAUUUAUUUAAUAAUUUUAUGAAAAAUCAAUAAGGAUAAAAUAAAAUUUAAGUCAUUCAUUUAAUUGAGUAUUUAUUUUCUAACAUAAAUAAAAUUAGUAAUUAUCAAAAGUACCUAUAGAAUAAUGACAAUUUUUAAAAUCAAAUAAAAAAAACAAAUCAAAAAUAAAAUUAAUAAGUGAAUUAAGAAUAAGAUCAUAUCUACAAUUUGUAUGAAAUUUUUAACAAUUAUUAUAAUCGCAACUAGAACAAAAAUUAAUUUAAUAAAUGA